AUGAACGAACAGAGAUCAAGGGACUACGACUACCUAUACAAAAUAAUACUUAUUGGAGAUAGUGGCGUGGGGAAGUCAUGCAUUCUAUUACGAUUUUCUGAUGAUCAUUUUACAGAAAGCUACAUAACGACCAUAGGAGUGGACUUCCGAUUUAGAAGAAUAAAAGUUGGGGAUAAAAUGGUGAAGUUGCAAAUUUGGGAUACAGCUGGACAGGAGAGGUUCAGGACCAUCACAUCUGCCUAUUAUAGAGGAGCUGAUGGAAUCAUAAUCAUUUACGACACGACUGAUAGGAACUCCUUCCUUCACAUCAAAGAAUGGAUAAAUGAAAUAAACAAAUAUACAACUGAAGAAACGUGCAAACUUCUGGUAGGAAAUAAAUCAGACUGUAAAGACGAAAUGGAGGUCUCCACCACGGAAGGAGAAAAUAAAGCCAAGGAGUUAAACAUCUCCUUUAUUGAAACCUCUGCUAAGGAUGCCACGAAUGUUGAGUUGGCUUUCACCAUGAUAACUGAGGAGCUGAUUAAAAAGAAAAAAAAGAAAAGCCUCUCCUCGCUGGGAGCUACGCAGUCCAAGGUGAAGUUGUCUCCGGAGGACCACGGCCCCGCACACUCCGACUGA